AUGAUAGAAGUAGAAUCAGCACAUUAUCAAAAUGAAUCAUCACAGCACGUUCCAGCACACGUGGCUGGAAACAGCCCGUGGCGAAGGUCCUUAUUGACUAAACCAAAUUCCACUUUCGGCCAGCCCUCACCAGUUGAUAGUAAUAGAGGGUAUUCACCUAAUCUUGAUAGCGACUAUAUUAAUAAUAACAAUAGCAGCUUUGUAUCCGAAACUGUUACCAAUAUGGAAAGCGACAGUGCGUGUACGAACUAUACCAAUGCUCCUUUUAAAUCUGUGGUAGAUUGUGCAUUUAGUAUCGUUGAUAGUCCAUCGAAGCGCAGAUGUUUAAGACAGAUGACUGGACCAUGUUAUAAGAAAACGGAUCUCCUAAUGUAUACAUCGGAAGAAAGCACGAGGUCGUCAAUGUCAAACCAACGAAUAAUACCACCCCCACUCACCAUCCCCUCGUAUUCCGUUACUUCGCAACCUUUCGUUCAGUCGCCAGUCCAGUAUUCCUCAUUACAAAUAGAACAGACUGGAUAUCAGCCGCCAUCACCCAUUUCCAGACAGAACACCUCCAGCAGAGAGUUUGAUGCAUUUAGCUCUUCGUUGUCAUUGCCCUGUCCAUCCGUCAACGAGGGGAUCGGGAGUGAGGGAACGCAGGUUGUUUCCGCGAAGCAUGAACCGGUUUAUAUAUUGCGUCGCAAACGGCCCCGUCAUGACAGUGGGUUGGGAUAUGUUGAGCCACUGUUACUCGAGAAUGAGCAAGGAUAUAUCAGUGAUUGUUCAAGAACGUCGUCCAAAGACUCAAUUCAUAAGAAUGGUCCUUUCAGACCCAUGGCUAUUCCAAGAUCAAGCUCGUUGCCCAUCGCCAACGAAACUGCUGCGAAUACAGUGAAAAACAAUGAAAAUACAGAGUACCCCAUCCUUCGUAUGAUACCGUCUUUAAUCAGUGAAAAGAAUCGAAAGGCUGCCUUUGUCGAGAACCUCGUCGAUACAGCAGCUUUGAUCAUUGAUGUGGUUUGGAGUAAAUUUACGGUGAAUCCACGAGCGAGGCUAAUUCCCAUGCGGGUAUUUUUGCAACAAACACUUCGCCGAUCGCGUACUUCAUAUUCCACUUUACAGACCGCAUUGUUCUAUCUAUUCAGGAUUAAGCAGCAGAUUGAGCAACGUGCGCUUAAACCUCGUGGACCUCCGACACCUGGUGACAAAGGUUCUGAGGAUAGUAGUCACAAUACGGAUCCAGCUACGUGUGGUCGCCGAAUGUUUCUGGCCGCAUUGAUCAUAGCGUCCAAGUAUUUACAGGAUUCGAACUAUUCAAACAAAGCCUGGUCUAAAAUCUCUGGAUUACCAUUGGCAGAGAUUAAUGAAAACGAGGUCAUUUUCUUGAGGUUAAUUGAUUAUAAGCUUUUUAUUGCUGAAGACGUAUUUAAACGAUGGAGUAGUCUACUUCUCACGCAUAUACAGGCCAUUUCUGGUUCGGAUAUGGAUAAUGCUAAUGCUUUUAGGCUAAAGGAGAAUCAACAAAGUGUCGAGUUAUUUCGUGACACCCUUCGAACAAUGGUCAUUUAA